AUGUGGUUCCUCCUUCUCCUCCUCUACGCGGCUCCCUUUGAGCAGGUGAUCGUAAAAGGCGAGAACAGGCUCAUUCUAGAGAAAGGUAACAACCCGUGUGAAGGCUUCAUGAAAGUCUACCAUGGAGAUAAAUGGGGCUUUAUUGGAUGUCAAGGCUGGAGCGAAGAAGCUGACCAAGUGGUGUGUCGGAGCACGAACUGUGGGGAGCGAGUGAACGGCUCAGAAGAGACGGCUCAGGAGCGCGUUGACCCCGUCCUGCUCAACAACUUAGAGUGCAAAGGAACAGAGCAACACCUGUGGGAGUGUCCUAACCCUGGUUGGGGCAUCCUCGACAUCCAAAAGGGCACCGUGAGGAAAGUUCAAUGCUCAAGUCAAAUCAAAAUAGACCUGGACGGAUUUCGAUGCGAGGGAAUUGUCCGGUUCUCCAGAGAUAAUGGAACGACAUUCACAGGGGUCAUUUGUAGAGAUGGCUUCAGAAAAGAGGAAGCCGAUCAUUUGUGUGAAAGCCUCGGGUGUGGUACGUCCAAGGAAGUGACAACCAGAGAAGCCGAAGGUGUAUCAGAAAGGAUCAAGAUCAACUGUCCCGACCCAGCAAAAAGGAAAAUCGACAAUCUGUGGCAGUGUGCCCCUAAAGUAUCAGCAUGCUCAGAUCCUGCUGCUGUCACAUGCAUAGAUCACGAGAGACUGCAACUCACAGGAAACCCGUCCAAUGUGUGUGCUGGGAAGCUGGAAAAAGAGGAGGGAGACGUCUGGAAACCUGCCAUCAACAUCAAGAGCAAUCGUGAUGUGUGGUGCAAGCAAAUGCACUGUGGCACCCUCAAAGAUCACAGCCCGAGUGCUACUGCUGUAAACCUGGAAUGCUCAGGUGACUCACUUAAUUCAUUUUCAACCCCAGCUUUCCCAUGUUCAACCUCGUGUUGCAGUUUUGGAUCAAAACAUCUAUUCAACCCUCUGAAAUAUUGGGCUAUUAUCGUCAUAGGUGAAGCCAUGGCUAGUGCUACAUCCGAGCUGGAGAACAAUAUUUCUAAACAGUUCUCAGACUUCCGGAGCAAUAUUCAAGAAGAUAUCAAAAAACAACUUGGCGAAAUGAGAUCGGAUAUUAAUCUGAAGAUGGAGGAGACCGUGAAGAAAAUUGAAGCGGUGUCGCAGAGACUGGGGGAAGCCGAGGAACGGGUAGGAGAGGUGGAAACGUUCAGUAUGGAAGUAAACGAAACUUUAAACCAGAUGCAGAAAACUCAACUCCAACUGAAAUCGAAAUUAACCGAACUCGAAGGGCAUUCCCGCCGCAAUAAUAUAAGGAUCUACGGCAUAAAAGAAGGAGCCGAGGGUACCUCCAUGAUUCGCUUCGUGGAGAACCUCAUUCAGACUGAACUGGGUGAGGGCACCGGCCCAGACGAACUUGGUAUUGAACGCGCACACAGAGCACUCGGACCCAGAUCAGCUGAUAAUGGUCCCCCGAGAUCAACGAUCGUUAAAUUCCUGAAAUAUUCAAUGAAAGAGAGGAUUAUCAGCGCAGCGUGGAAAAAACCUAUCAUGGUGGACGGCAACAGGGUGUUUUUUGACCACGACUACGCAACAGCUGUCAUGGAUAAAAGGAGGGAAUAUCUGCCGAUCAAGAAAGUACUGAAAGAGAAGGGAAUCAAGUUCCGCACGCCGAUGACAAAAAUGCGUGUUUUCCUGGACUCGGGGACAGUAACAUAUGAUAACGCGGAUCAAGCCGGAGACGACCUACGAGCAAAGGGGUUCCCGAUCCCACCGAGACCCGAGGGCAGAUCGACGGAGACGGCGCGGCCCCGCUUCAGCUGGGAGCAGGUGAAACAUCCCCGGCGUAGAAACGGCAGGGAUUAUCAACAAAGGAUCCGGGACAAGCUCCGCGGAUUUCAACCGGAGACUGAAACGGACGCCGAGGACUGCCAAGGACACUUUGCUAUCAUUUUAUUUUCCACAGACCAGGUGAAAGUGGUUCUGAUGAAGAAUAAUAAACCCAGUUACUGCUAUGGUGAAGUUCACAUUCAGAAGAACGGAGGAAGUAAAGCCGUGUGUGCCACCGAAUGGGGAAAGACGGAUGCUGAAAUUGUUUGCAAGGAGCUAAAAUGCGGCAGUGUGAUUAGUAUAGAAGCGAGGCGGUCAUCUGCAGCAGGGAUAAUGAAUAAUGUGAAGUGCUCCGGCAAAGAAUCCUCUCUCUGGCACUGCAGAGGCAGCCAUGGAGACGUUUCCUGCAGAAACGUUGCCUACGUCGUCUGUGCAAAUAGUGCAGAGGUGAGACUCGUGGACGGUCCUGAACGUUGUGCUGGCAGAGUGGAGAUCAAGUAUGAUGGUGAAUGGCGAAGGAUCAAUAGAAAUCGAUGGAUUGGAGACAAUUCAGAUGUUGUCUGCGGACAACUGAAAUGUGGGAAAAAAAGAGAUAAUGUUGAAAAAUUCAGCAAGGGUUCAGUCGGGGCAUUUCUGGAUAGGAAUGUACAGUGUAGUAAAGGUGCCAAACAUAUAUCUGAGUGUAUUGCAGAGACCAAACUGAACAACAACCCAUCCGGGGACGAUGCUGUGGGAAUAACGUGUGAAAAGCACAAGAUGCUGUUUCUGCAGGGAGAGGGUGCCUGUUCGGGCAUGGUGGGGAUAGAGCAGGGCGCCAAAACCUCCUGGCUCUCCGGGUCGACGGCGUGGACCCAAGACACGGCAAACGCAGUGUGUCGACAGAAACACUGUGGGGAAGCAAAGACCUUUACCUCCAUCCCAAAUAAUCUGACCGGAGAUGUUUGGACUGAAUCCUACAGAUGCUCAUCCAACGCCACAUCUCUGUUUGACUGUAAACAAGGAACAAAACCGGACGCCAACGACACGAUCGCCACUGUGAAAUGCAAAGGAACAAUCAAUGUGAGCCUGAGCAAUACGUGUUGGGGAACUGUCAAAGCUUGUAUAGAUGGGAAGUGUGGAGGUGUUUGUGCAGAGACCUGGACCCCUGAGAGGUCUAAGCAGCUGUGCAAAAACUGGAACUGUGGGGAAAAUAUCCUGAAGCCGUUCUCAAAGCCUGUCAACCAACCCAUGAUCGUCAAGAGUUUGCAUUCUACAAAGAAUAUAAACAACCUGGACCGGUGCAGCUUCAUCAAAUAUGAUGGAAACGACAACACCUGUAACAAUGAUCCAGCCUAUGUUGUUUGCUCAGGUAGUGUCGAGUGCAGAUUUGAGCCUUCCAGAGACAAAUGUUCUGGAAAUGUGCAGGUCUAUUAUGAAGGAAAGUGGCUCCCAGUUUGCACAAAGGCUCUUGACCCCCAAACACAAAAGACCAUCUGUGAGGAGCUGCAGUGUGGCGAGCCUGUCAAAACGAUUGAACACUUCGGACCUAAAUCACAACCUGUCAUCUCAGAAAUAGUUUGCUCUGAAAAGGACAAGUCAUUAAGAACAUGUACUAUUACUGCUGACUCUGCCGCCUGCAAUCUCGGUGGCCUCCAGUGCUCCAAUUGGGCUAAGAUGGAGGUCACAAAAGGAGCGGCCUGUAGUGGAGCUCUGCAUAUUCUCUCUGAGGGGAAAAAAACUGCUGUUUCCUAUGAGGGCUUCACAGAAAAUGAGGGGGAUGAAAUUUGCCAGAAUCUGAAUUGCGGCACAUUUCAACCAGGGAAUAACCCUUCUUCUUCUCAAGCACCCGAGAAAACAAGCUUCAACUGUAGCAAGAAGCCAAAAAACAUCUGGGAAUGUGACAGCGAAAUCUCGUCGUCUUCAGAGAUGCAAACAGUCUACAUUAAAUGUCAAGAUGAGCCCGAGGUCACCCUUUCAAAUCAUGGUCAGUGUCAUGGUGAAGUGAAGAUAAAUGGCGUUGAGGUGUGUGCCACUGGCUGGAAAGAAGAGUAUUCAACAAAGGUUUGCCAAGAACUGAAAUGUAUUGCCGCUAUCCCUGGUGUUAUCAGUGGUAAAGAAGCUGUGACAGGCAAGAAGUACCACCAUGUGAGCUGUGAGGAGAACCAUCAUGUACUUGGCCAAUGCAAGAGAUUUGAGGGAACGUGUUCUGGGCAGCUGGUGUCUGUGUACUGUGUUCGCAAUAUCGAGUUCAACACUACAGAACAUUGUGGAGGUCAGAUUGAAAUCAAUUAUCGAGAUCGGUGGGAAAAAGUUUGUCCCCCUGUGUUAUUUCCCUCCAACUUGAAGACAGAGCUGUGCAAAAAAUUGAUUGAUAAAAAUGGUAUGGCAUGUGGUGGUCACAAUAGCAGCAUGAAGGAUUCAACAAAGAGCGAUUCGGUUGAUAUUUCCACAACACUGACUUGCACAAACAAGCACAAUGACAUCAAGUACUGUGUCGAGCACAAGAUUUGUACAAAGUCCAAACCAGCUGAAAUCUACUGUAAUGGUUAUGUGGCCACAGUAGUAAAACCCCCUCCAGUCCCAGGACCCCCACUGGUGCCUAUCUUACUGGGAGUGGGAUUUCUUCUGGUUCUGGUGAUUCUGAUUGUUCUGUUUAUACGGUUUUACAAGAAAGGCAAAAAAUACGAAUUUAAUACCUCAUCGAGAAUGUUUUCAAGGCACGAAGAGGAGGAGACGAGAGGAGGAGACGAAAUGGAAGACUUGACUCGCAGCAGAUUCAGAUCAGAUGGUGAAGUCGUCAUGGAGACGGACGAUGUCAUCGAUGAUGCUCAGGCCCUGACGCCUCAGAACGCCACGUCUGUCUCAGAAAACAACUACAUCAAUGAGGGAGCACUUGAUCGAAGCUCAGGAAAACCGAAGCUGAAGUCCACCCUUAGCCCCCAAACCGCAUCUGAAAGCAACGCCGCGGUACCUUUUGGAUUAGUGCUGGGGGAGGACGACUACCUGGUGCCAGGCCAGGAUGGGUGUCAUGUCAUUGGUCAAGGCACCUUUGACCCCACAGGAGGUCCACUGGCCUGCUAUAAAGGAGACAGUCCUCCCUGUCUUCUCGCUCUCUCUCCAUCGCUGCUCUCUCUCCACCGCUCCUGCUUGGGGAAGCAGAUCCAGAGGCCUGGAUCCACCAGCCCUACCCCCUCACCCCCGCAGAGUCCUGCUGAGUGUCUCUACACCAUCAUUGCAGCCGGGGAAUUACUGUAUCGCUGUAGCUUCAGAUUCACCACACAGACAUGA